AUGCCAAUCACAACAACCACCGAUUUUAAACACUUGGCAUCCAUUAUUGGUAUUGCUACAGCAGCGACCAUCAGCUUAUUGGCUCUCAAAUACAACAAUCGAGCCAUUUUCUAUGAGCCACCCGAGGGCAUCCCUAUGAUUGAAGGGCAUCCACUGGUUGGAACGCUCUUGAGCCAGAUUAUUAAUAAGGACCGUUCUCAUGACAUGGAUUGUGAAGCAUUCGAACGGCUAAACACGCUAACAUUUUCCGCUUCAGCAGCUGGUCUUCGACCUGCCGUCGUUACCAUCAAUCCGCUCAACAUUGAACAUUUCCUAAAAACCAACUUUGAAAACUACGUCAAAGGAGCAGAUUUGGUAGAUGCCCUUGGUCAUAUGCUUGGUACGGGCAUCUUCAUCAGCAAUGGUGAGCAUUGGCGUAUCGCUCGAAAAGCUGCAUCCCAUGUUUUCAACGUUGUCAAUUUUCGCGACCAUUUCACUGACGUGUUCAUCAAAGAGCUAAACAUUAUGUGUGAUGGACCUUUUGACGAGAGAGCACAAAGUGGUGAACCCAUUGACUUUCAUGACACGAUGUUCAAAUUCACACUUGACACCUUUGUAAUGAUCGCCUUCGAUGUACAAUUGAAUACGCUCUCAUCUCGAGGCACUAUCGAUUUUGCUGAAGCCUUUGAUCGCUGUCAAGAAGAUUGCUUGGAUCGAUUAAUCAAUCCCUUUAUGCCUAUUGUCGAAGCCAUCAAGCGUAUCACACCGGGUCAAAAAACAAUAAAGCAACAUCUCGAGGUGAUUGACAAUCUUGUUUAUGGCAUCAUCCAAGAACGCAAACAACGUUUAUCCAAUGGCGAGAAGUUUAAGGAUCUCUUGUCACGCUUCAUGGAUACCCAAAACGAAGAUGGAAACCCACUAAGCGACAAGGAGCUUCGAGACACGGUGAUCAACUUUUUACUUGCUGGUCGUGAUACCACUGCUCAAGCGCUUUCGUGGACGUUCUAUAAUUUAAUGCUGCAUCCUCGAAUCGAGAAGAAAUUGCGGGAUGAAAUCAAUGCCAAUGUGCGUGAUGAGCAUGAAUCAGAUUCCCGUGCGCUCUAUGAAGUUGUCAAGCACAUGCCUUAUGCUCAUGCAGUGUUGUACGAAGUACUACGGCUCCAUCCACCGGUGCCUGGCAACGUCAAGGUUGCCUUGGAAGAUGAUAUUUGGCCUGAUGGUACAAGAAUACGUAAAGGAGAUGCUGUUUGCUGGAGCCCAUAUGCACAGGGAAGAAGUACAGAGAUAUGGGGUCCUGAUGCCAAACAAUUGAGACCAGAAAGAUGGAUCAAUGAGCAAGGAGAGUUACGUCGUGAAUCUCAAGGCAAAUUCCCAGUAUUCCAUGUAGGCCCACGUGUAUGCCUUGGUCAAAACCUAGCUACACUCGAAGCCAUCGUAGCAAUCAUCUUUUUGCUAAGACGCUAUAAAUUUACCCUUGCGCCUAACCAGGAUAUCACCUAUCGCACUGGCCUUACGAUGCCCAUGAAGAACGGUAUGCAAGUCUUUGUGGAAAAGCUUGCAUAG